GGCUGAAUAGACUCACGUCUAGUUGCUUGUCAGCGGCCGUUGCGUAAAUAGGUUCCAAGUUUAAAAUGUUUCGUUUUGAAGUUUAUUGUGAAUGAUUUUGAAAUUAUAAUUAUUUAAAAUGCGAUCGUGUGGUUUUUUGUUAAUAUUAUGGCUAUUGGCGGGUGUAUGCUUGUCAAGAAGCUAUAAAAAUCCCACAUUAUUUAACACAGCUAACGCCAUGAGCCUGCAGCGGCUGACAGCGCUUCGUGCGCUGAUGGCCAGCCAGCCUAAAGCGCUUGCAGCGUACAUCAUUCCCACGGCUGACGCGCACAACUCUGAGUACAUAUCUCCCGCGGACGCGCGACGCGAGUGGUUGUCCGGGUUCACAGGCUCGGCCGGCACUGCUGUGGUGACGCUGUCCAAGGCUUUAGUGUGGACCGACGGUAGAUACUACACGCAGUUUGAGAAGGAGACGGACGCGGCUAUUUGGACGUUGAUGAAGCAAUCUCUGCCUGACACACCGUCUAUGGAAAAAUGGCUAGCAUCUAAUUUAAAUGCAGGAGAUGUGGUGGGGGUAGACCCUCACACCAUGACCAGGGAAGAGUGGACUACUCUGAAGAACGGGCUCAAAAAAGCUAAAAUGGAGGUGGUCCCAGUGGAAGAGAAUUUAGUGGACAAGGUCCGUGUCCAGCUCAACGACCCGGCGCCGAAGCGGCCCAGCAACGAUAUCGUACCGUUGCCUGUCAAAUAUACUGGUAAAAAAGCAGGAGAGAAGAUCCAAGAGUUGAGGACUAAAAUAGCGGAGAAGAAAGCGGCUGCAUUCAUCGUCACCGCUUUAGACGAAGUCGCUUACACGCUAAACCUCCGCGGCAGUGACAUAGAAUACAACCCAGUAUUCUUCUCCUACCUCGUGAUCACUCCCACAACAGUAGUUCUGUUCUGCUCGCACCCUCUCUCCGACUCUGUCAAACAUCAACUCAGUGAGGAAGGGGUCGAGUUAAAACAGAUUCCCUAUGAGGAAAUCAUCGAUACUUUACAACAAUAUGCUAAAACAGAAUCUUCCGGUGAAUGCCGUCCAAUGUGGCUGUCAAACGAAGCCAGUGAAGCCGUACACAGAGCUGCCUCAGGUGUUGGCGUUCUAGAUAAACCCCUUGAUCUGAUAUCGGAAGUGUCUCCUGUCGCUUUGAUGAAGCUCGUGAAGAAUGAAGUUGAAUUACAGGGUUUCCGCAACUGUCACAUUCGCGACGGCAUUGCGGUCGUAAGAUUCUUCAGGUGGCUCGAGCAGAAUGUCAAUGAAACUACCAUCAGCGAAGUACAAGCUGCAGACAAACUUCUCGAGUUUAGAAAAGAGGAAUCAGAUUUUAUGGGCCCCUCGUUCGAGACGAUCCCGGGCGCGGGGCCCAACGGGGCCGUGAUCCACUACUCGGCGCCCCGGAGCGGGCCCCAGCACGUCAUUAGCCCCAAACACAUGUUCUUGCUCGACUCCGGUGGACAAUACAAAGACGGCACAACUGACAUUACUAGAACUCGUCACAUGAGUAAAGCCAAUCAGGAACAGAGGGACGCGUUCACAAGGGUCCUGAAGGGCCAAAUGAUGGUGGGCAGCGCCCUGUUCCCACAGAAAGUCAAGGGUAAUGUGCUAGAUAGUUUCGCCCGCAAGGCGCUAUGGGACGUGGGCCUGGACUACGCGCACGGCACGGGUCACGGGGUGGGGCACUUCCUCAACGUGCACGAGGGGCCCUCGGGCGUCUCCUGGCGGCCCUACCCUCACGACCCGGGGCUCAUGCCGGGACAAAUCCUUAGCAACGAGCCGGGUUACUACAAAGUUGGGGACUACGGCAUCCGUCACGAGGACCUGGUGGAGGUCGUCUCCGUCACGAAGGACUCUGACCAUCCAAGGGCGAAGAACUUAGUGGGCGAUUAUGGCGGGCGCGGGGUGCUGGGGUUCCGCACCAUCACGAUGGUUCCGCACCAGCGGGAGAGCAUUGACGUCAACCUGCUUGACGACUUCGAGUUGAACUACCUGAACAAUUACCACAAGAAGGUUCUGGAGACAUUGGGGCCGGUCCUAAAAGGCCGCGGGCUUGUAAAGGACCUGCAGUGGCUGGAGAGGGAGUGCCAACCGAUCGUCAGAGCUUAGGUCCAAACAAUGGCUCCUAUAAGAGUAACAAUUCCAGGAUAUUUGAGCAUGUAUAAUCAAGUUAAUAUAUUUUUAAUUCUCAUCCCUAAGCUUGUAAUAAAAUAAUAAGCCAG